UCUUAACCUAAUUUUUUACACGUGUGUUGGUUGUGAGUAAAUAAAUGACUUAUUGUUAAUUAUUAAUUGUUUAUUAAUUUAUAUAAAGUGAGUUUUUGAAAAUUUUAAUUAAAAAUGGCUCAAGGAAAAAUGAAAAUAAAAACACAACUUCCUGAUAGUGCUAAAGCUAAACAAGGAAAAAAUAAAAAAGGUCCAGCUAUUCAACGUCGUGGAAACGCUCCAAUAAAAGCAAAAAAAUCUAAAAUAGUUGAGGCGCAUAAAUUGAAACAAAUGAUUACUAAAACAGUCAAUAAAGCAGCUGAAACAGAAUUACGAGAACGCGCGCUCGAUGGAAAAAUGGGAUUAACUAAAAAGAAAGCACCAGCGGCAUCAACGAGUUAAUUCAAUCAGCUCCACAGGCAAUAAAUAAUCAUUUACUAUCAAUGAUAAAAAUAUUAUUUUAAGCAAUUUAUUAAAUUAAAAUAAAACAAGUUGAUAAAUAAC